UAACCAAGAUGACUACCAACUUGUGCGGAAACUCGGUCGUGGCAAAUACAGCGAAGUCUUUGAAGCCAUCAACAUCACCAACAACGAGAAAGUGGUGGUGAAAAUCCUCAAGCCAGUAAAAAAAAAGAAAAUAAAGCGUGAAAUUAAAAUCCUGGAAAACCUGCGGGGAGGACCUAACAUCAUCAACCUUCUAGACAUCGUCAAGGACCCCGUG